AGUACCCACUUCUCCUUAUCCUACCGAAACCACCAAAAUUUUCUCAGGAGGAAGAAAAUCCGUGGGUUUCUUUGGGGGUGUUUGUGUGUGUUUGGGGUUUAAAAUCAUUUCGAUCGGAGGUUUUGAGUGAUGGGUGAGAGGGUGAGUGGCAAGGUUAAGUGGUUCAAUGACACUAAGGGUUUUGGGUUUAUAACCCCUGAUGAUGGCGGUGAUGAUCUGUUCGUGCACCAGUCUUCCAUCCGCUCCGAGGGCUUUCGUAGCCUUGGGGAGGGGGAGCAGGUCGAGUUUGUGAUCGAGUCUAGUGAUGAUGGGCGAACCAAGGCUGUUGACGUCACUGGCCCGAACGGGAACCCUGUUCGUGGCACCUCGAGAUCUGGUUCUCGCGGCGGCGGUGGUGGGUACGGUGGUUCGUAUGGUGGUGGCGGUGGUUAUGGAGGUGGUAGUGGGAGGAGAGGAGGGUAUGGCGGGGGCGGCUAUGGUGGUGGUAGCGGCUACGGUGGUGGUGGUGGUGGCGGCGGUGGUGGUAGUGGGUGUUUUAAGUGUGGUGAGCACGGGCAUAUGGCGAGGGACUGUUCCCAGAGCGGUGGUGGUGGUGGUGGUGGAGGCGGAAGGUACGGCAGUGGUGGCGCUUGCUACAACUGUGGUGAAUCUGGGCAUUUUGCAAGGGAAUGUCCAAAUCCAAACAAUUCAAGUUGAUCCUGAAAGCCAAAUCUGUUACUUGGCACCUCUCCUACUUUGGAUUCUCUCAGUCUCUUUUCUAGGUUAUCAAAUCCUGCUCGGAUCUUAUGCUCUUUGUUUUCAUGAAUCGUCCUUGGUAUUGUGCUAUGUUUUGAGUUUUUUGCAUUUAGAUGUCUUUCUUAGAGUGGAAUAGUCUUAGGUUGCAGUGAGUGGUAGUUGGGGGCGUGUUUUGAAUUAAUGAAGAUAGAAAUCUGAGAUCAUGUUCAAACUCACUGUUAUAAGUGUUAGUACACAAUAUAUAAAUACAAGUUGGGUUUUUCA